UCUCUCUCUCUCUCUCUCUCUCUCUCUCUCUCUUAAUUCUAUCUCUGAAACUUUGGGUGCAUCUCUCCGGUGGUGUCUUUUUUGAUUUUUUUUGGAUUGGGUCUAUCUUUCUUUGCAUGUUAUUGCAAAGUGAUGUAAUUACAAAAUUAUUCUUUCUGGGUGUGUUAUAUAUGCAUAUGUUAUACAUAAAAAAAGUGUUGGUUUGAGUUGAAGAUUGAGUAAAUGAAUCUGGGUGGUGGUGAAACAGUGAAAUCCAUGUCGAUGCCGAACUCAAGUGUUUCAUGGAAGUCCGGAGAUGGGGUCACCGACCAGUUUCCGGCAGGUCUUCGUGUGCUUGUUGUGGAUGAUGACCCGACUUGUCUCAUGAUCUUAGAGAAGAUGCUUCGGAACUGCCUCUAUGAAGUUACCAAAUGCAAUCGAGCAGAAAUUGCAUUAUCACUACUACGUGAGAAUAAAAAUGGCUUUGAUAUUGUUAUAAGUGAUGUCCACAUGCCUGACAUGGAUGGAUUCAAGCUCCUCGAGUGUGUUGGGCUUGAGAUGGAUCUGCCUGUUAUCAUGAUGUCAGCGGAUGAUGGUAAAAAUGUUGUGAUGAAGGGUGUUACUCACGGAGCAUGCGAUUAUCUGAUCAAACCAGUUCGCAUUGAGGCCUUAAAGAACAUAUGGCAGCAUGUGGUUCGGAGAAAGAAGCAUGAAUGGAAAGACUUUGAGCAAACGGGAAGUGUGGAAGAUGGGGAACGGCAGCAAAAGCCGCCUGAAGAUGCUGAUUACUCAUCUUCAGCAAAUGAAGGAAACUGGAGAAACUCCAAGAAAAGAAAGGAUGAGGAAGAGGAAGCAGAGGAAAGGGAUGAUACAUCUACAUUGAAGAAGCCACGGGUGGUAUGGUCAGUUGAGCUCCAUCAGCAGUUUGUGGCAGCCGUUAAUCAACUUGGAAUUGAUAAGGCUGUACCUAAGAAAAUUCUGGAGUUGAUGAACGUCCCGGGGCUCACAAGAGAAAAUGUUGCCAGCCACCUUCAGAAAUAUCGUCUAUACCUUAGAAGGAUAAGUGGGGUAUCACAGCAUCAGAGUGGAUUUAAUAACUCUUUCAUGGGUCCCUCGGAUGCAACCUUUGGGUCAAUUUCUUCACUCAGUGGGCUUGACAUGCAACUCCCAGCACAAAGUCUUGCUACACUCCAAGCAGCAGUGCUUGGCAGGUCUACCACCAAAUCUUCGAUAUCCAUGCCCCUUGUAGAUCAAAGAAACCUUUUUAGCUUUGAAACUCCAAAGCCAAGAUUUGGAGAGGGACAACAGCAACAACUAAGCAAUAAUAGUAAGCAAAUUAAUCUGCUUCAUGGAAUUCCAACAAAUAUGGAGCCAAAGCAGCUCGCAAACUUGCACCAGUCUGCCCAGUCAUUUGGGGGCAUGAAUAUGCAAGUCAAUUCCCAUGGAAGCCAGAGUAACUCUUUACUAGUGCAGAUGGCUCAACCGGAGUCAAGGUCACAAAUGCUAAAUGAAAUUAAUGGCAGUCAUAGGAUUCAGUCAUCCAUGGGGCAGCCUAUUAUGUCUAAUGGGUGUGCAAGUGGAGUUUUGGCACGAAAUGGAAUGGCCAACAAUGCUAGAGGUACAUUAUACAAUCCACUUUCCCAAGCCUCUUCGGUAUUAGAUUUCUCAGUCAACCAUGGCACAGACUUGCCAGGUAGUAGUUUUCCUAUUGGGGGUAAUGCAGGGAUUUCUUCUCUCCCCUCUAAAGAGAUGCUCCAUGAGGAUGUUAUCUCGGAAACAAAAGGAACAAGGGGAUUUCUUCCAAGUUAUGAUGUUCUUAGUGAGCUGCAUCAGCAAAAAUCCCAAGUGUGGGGUUCACAGAAUGUAGGAUUGACAUAUGAGACCUCCCACCAUGCAAAUAUGAGAGGUAGCUGUGAUGUCUCACCAUCUGUUAUAGUUCAACAAGGCUUCUCCUCUAUCCAAAAUAAUGGGCAAAACAGGAGUGCUAUGGGCAAGGCAGUCUUUUCAUCAGGGCAAGAGAGUGCGCACGGGAAUGUCCCAAACAUUAGUCAACAACCUAACACAUUUCUCCUUGACAAUCUUCUUAUGGUUAAGGCUGAGAGAUUUCCUGAUGCGAGCUAUCACAAUACCAUAUUUGCUGAACAGCUUGGUCAGGAGGACCUCAUGAGUGUAUUCCUCAAGCAGCAAGGAGACACUGGAUCAGUUGAAAGUGAGUUCGGCUUUGAUGGGCAUCACUUGGAUAAUCUUCCUGUGUAGGGCAUCCUCUAUGCUUUGGCUUUAUCUGUCACUCUAUUUUCUGGUGUACAUAGCCACUAUUACAGCUGAAGUUCACUUUUCUAUGAUCAAAUGGUUGAGAUCCAGUUUAAUGCCUCGUUCCAGAUACAAGAUCUUGAUUACACUUUGCUACAUCUUCUUGUUGUGAAUAGCUCAUUGUGCUUGUUUAUUUCGAAGUUUAAAGACGAAACAUGGCACGCAAUCUGACAGAUCAAUUAUGUUGGAAGAUGGCAGAGACACAUGUAGAAUACAACAGUAUGAUAUGCGAAGGCAUACAUGCAAAAUUUUGACUGCUUUAGGAUUGAUGGUAAUGUACAGUUUUCAUUUGAUUGCUCAAGGCAUUAGUCUUUGUAUUCUUUUCUAGUUCCUUUCUAGUUGAGGAUUGUUUUAAUCCUGUUUCAUGUUCUUUUGUGAACCAUUAACUCCUUGAUAAUGGUGUUUAGAAAUUCUCCUUGCUCUUUAUUUAGCUCUAUUUGUGAAAUCAUUGGUUACC